AUCUCAGCGCCGAGGAUGGAGCCACUGGAUGAUCUGGAGCUGCUGCUCGAGAAGAGUUUCAGGGAGGAGGCUGGGCAGCUAGCGGACCUAUAUCACAAAAAGAUGGAAGCUUCAUUUUCAAAAACAGUUCUUUGCAGAGGAAUGGAUAAUAGGUUCCUGGUAUUAGAAGUCAAUAUUGUACAGAAUGAAGAUGGAAAACAUGAAAAGCACCUGAUCAUCACUGCUUCCCAGUCACAAGAGCUUAAGGAACAGUGUAUACUUAGGGAUAGCUGGAGCUCUGUACCAGUAGAGCCAGGAGAUGUCAUUCAUUUGGAGGGAAAGUGCACAUCUGAUACUUGGAUAAUUGAUGAAGAUUGUGGAUAUUUGAUUCUAUAUCCAGACAUGCUGAUUUCUGGCACAAGCAUAGCUAGCAGUAUACGAUGUAUGAGAAGAGCUGUGCUGAGGGAAACUUUCAGGACCUCGGAUCCAGCCACACGCCAAAUGCUGAUUGGUACGGUUCUCCAUGAAGUAUUCCAAAAAGCAAUAAGUGAGAACUUUGCCCCAGAAAAACUACAACAACUUGCUUUUCAGACUGUUCAAGAAAUAAAGCAUCUGAAGGAAAUGUACCGCUUAAAUCUGAAUCCAGAUGACAUUAAACAAGAAGUAGAGGAGUAUCUUCCUUCAUUCUCUAAAUGGGCUGGAGAUUUCAUGCAUAAAUAUACUUCAGCUGACUCCCCUGAGAUGCAGCUCUCUCUGCCAAGUGAUGGUAAUGGGAAUUCAACAUGUAAUAUUGAAGUGCUAAAUUCACUGGAUAUUGAAGAGAGCAUUUGGUCCCCUAGGUUUGGAUUGAAGGGCAAAAUAGAUGUUACAGUUGGUGUGAAAAUACAUCGUGGAGGCAAAAUGAAAUAUAAGAUAAUGCCACUGGAACUUAAAACUGGAAAGGAAUCAAAUUCUAUUGAACACCGUGGUCAGCUUGUUCUGUAUACUCUGCUGAGUCAAGAGAGAAGACCUGACCCAGAGGCCGGCCUGCUGCUCUACCUCAAGACUGGCCAGAUGUACCCUGUGCCUGCCAACCAUCUAGAUAAAAGAGAAUUAUUAAAGCUAAGGAACCAGAUGGCUUUCUCUUUGUUUCACCGUACUAGCAAAUCGGUUACUGGAAUGAAGAAGACAAAGCUUACUCCUUUGCCAGAAGUAAUUAAGGAACAGCAGACUUGUAAAUAUUGCUCACAAGUGAGCACCUGUGCUCUUUAUAGCAGAGCAGUUGAACAGCAGAUGGAUGACAGUUCAGUUCCAGUUGAUGUGCUGCCCAAAAUAAAAGAAGAAACCCAGCAUCUAAAGCAUACACACCUGGAGUAUUUCAGCCUUUGGUGUUUAAUGCUAACGCUAGAGUCACAAUCAAAGGACAAUAAAAAGAAUCACCAAAAUAUAUGGCUAAUGCCAGCUUCAGAGAUGGAGAAGAAUGGCAGCUGCAUUGGAAACCUGAUUCUAACAGGACACAUAAAGACAGUUAGUGAUGGACAAUAUUUACAUAAUUUCCAACGUAAAAAUGGUGCCAUGCCUAUCACACACCUAAUGUCAGGUGACAGAAUUAUUUUGAGUGGAGAAGAGAGGACCCUCUUUGCUUUGUCUAGGGGAUAUGUGAGUGAAGUUAGUAUGACAACAGUAACCUGUUUAUUGGACAGGAAUGUGUCAGUACUCCCAGCAUCGACUUUGUUCAGAUUGGACCAGGAAGAAAAAAACUGUGAUAUAAGUACUCCACUAGGAAAUCUUUCCAAGCUAAUGGAAAACACUUACACCAGUCAAAAACUUCGAGACUUAAUCAUCGACUUACGUGAACCUCAGUUUAUUUCCUACCUCAGUUCUGUCCUUCCACAUGAUGCAAAAGAUAGAGUUGCCUGCAUCCUAAAAGGUUUGAAUAAACCUCAGAGGCAAGCAAUGAAAAAAGUACUUCUUUCAAAGGACUACACACUCAUCGUGGGUAUGCCUGGAACAGGAAAGACAACUACGAUAUGUACUCUCGUGAGAAUUCUCUAUGCCUGUGGUUUUAGUGUUUUGUUGACCAGCUAUACACAUUCUGCUGUCGACAAUAUUCUUUUGAAGUUAGCCAAGUUUAAAAUAGGAUUUUUGCGCUUGGGUCAGAUGCAGAAGGUUCAUCCAGGUAUCCGGAAAUUUACAGAGGAGGAAAUGUGUAAAUCAAAUUCCAUUAAAUCCUUAGCUCAUCUAGAAGAACUCUACAAUUCUCAACUUAUUGUUGCAACAACAUGUAUGGGAAUAAACCAUCCGAUAUUUUCUCGUAAAAGUUUUGAUUUUUGUAUCGUGGAUGAAGCAUCUCAAAUUAGCCAACCAGUUUGCCUAGGACCACUUUUUUUUUCCCGGAGGUUCGUGUUGGUGGGUGAUCAUCAGCAGCUUCCUCCCCUGGUGCUAAACCAUGAAGCAAGAGCUCUUGGCAUGAGUGAAAGCCUGUUCAAGAGGCUGGAGCAGAAUAAGAAUGCUGUGGUUGAGUUAACUGUGCAGUACAGAAUGAACAGUAAAAUUAUGUCCUUAAGUAACAAGUUGACAUAUGAGGGCAAGAUGGAAUGUGGAUCAGACAAAGUGGCCAAUGCAGUGAUAAGCCUACCUAACUUCAAAGAUGUGAAACUAGAACUGGAAUUUUAUGCUGAUUAUUCAGAAAAUCCUUGGCUGAUUGGAGUAUUUGAACCAAGCAAUCCUGUUUGUUUUCUUAACACAAGCAAGGUUCCAGCACCAGAACAAGUUGAAAAAGGUGGUGUGAGCAAUCUAACAGAAGCCAAACUCAUAGUUUUCCUGGCCUCCAUUUUUAUUAAGGCUGGAUGUAAUCCUUCUGAUAUUGGUAUAAUUGCACCAUACAGACAGCAAUUAAAGAUCAUCAGUGACUUACUACCACAUUCUUCUACUGGGAUGAUUGAAGUUAAUACAGUAGACAAAUACCAAGGAAGAGACAAAAGUAUCAUUUUGGUAUCUCUUGUUAGAAGUAAUAAAGAUGAUACUAUUGGUGAACUCUUGAAAGAUUGGCGACGUCUUAAUGUUGCUAUAACCAGAGCCAAACAUAAACUGAUUCUCCUGGGAUGUGAGCCCACACUAAACCGCUAUCCUCCUUUGGAGAAGCUUCUCUGUCAUCUAAAUUCAGAAAAAUUAAUCAUUGAUCUUCCAUCAAGAGAGCAUGAAAGUCUUAGUCACAUAUUGGGUGAUUCUCAAAGAAGAUAAAGCUCUUUUGUGCCCUUUUUUUUAAAGGAACAUGGUGAUCAUUCCCAACAAUCGCCCACAA